AUGCUCGGAACCGGUUGUGAACAUGCGUUCUUCUUGUCUGCUGAGGAGUGCAUAACCGCAGGAUAUCUCCAGUCGUUACAUCCAAAUGUCACGGAAUAUUGCUCCGACCGGUAUUUCGGUUCCAAGUUCGUCACAGUUGUUGCGAGUGGAGACGAACAGGAACAAGUGAACUUCCAUGGGUACCAGGUUUCAAACCAAUGCACUGCUUUGGUUGAGGCCCAGCUUCUCUGUCCAACGAAUCAUCCUGAAUUGGCAUACAUACGAGAGAAACCACUCACAGAAUCACAGUACUUGACGGAUGUUCAGUUCACUGAGAAAAACCAAUAUGGUGCAGAAGUUCUCAAAGAUGCUCGACCGUUGCCAGUGGAAUUUCUUCUGGUUUGGUUGCGUAACCGACUGGAAGUGCCCAAAGAGCCACAGAUACACGUUCAUCCGCCACCUCCACCUGUGGCUCGUUUCAACAUCGAAAACAGGGACUCCAUGGGUACCACACAGGGUGGUGCUAAUUUGAGUGCCUACUGUGCCGAGUACUCUCUCAAUCAAUUCCUCGAAGAAGCCACAAACUUCCACUUCUUGCUGUACCUCAUGACUAAUAAUCUUGUGCAGUUCAGCGAGAUUGAAAUGCAGGUGAUUUGUACCGCGGUGUGCAACCAGGAUCGAGAAGCGGCAAUCGAAUGGGCUCGAGAAACAGUCAAUUGGCAACAACUUGUCGCGCUGUGUCAUGAGCAAGGGCGUAGUCAUGAAUCAGCUGUCACGACGACGUGGUCUUGUAAGCAUUGCACAUUCGAGAACACAGAGCAACGUCCGGACUGCUCUAUGUGCGGCCUUCCAGCGGGAAACGCUUAG